GUCUUCACUUAUCAGCAGACUCCGAAAAACUGGCGUCAUCAUCUUGGGCAAGACUAAUCUUUCGGAAUGGGCGAAUUUCAGAGGGUUAAAUAUUAGCGCAAGCUGGAGUCCUCGCGGUGACCAGACCUUGGGUGCUUAUUGUCCCAACACCAGAUCUGAUGGGAGCAGCUCUGGGUCAGCAGUAGCAACAGCUUUAGGAUUGUGUGGGGCAGCACUAGGUACAGAGGUCAAAUCUGCAGUCCUAUUCCGUCGGGAGAUGAAAAGAAAUCUGACACAAAUCCAGACCAUAGGCAGCAUCGUUGAUCCAGCGGAAAUCGCCAACGUUGUAGGAUUCAAACCUACCCGCGGCCUGAUUGGGACAGAUGGAGCGAUCCCUAUCUCGAAACGAUAAGAUGUUAUCGGAACUCUUACGAGGACUGUCAAAGAUGCGGCAUACAUGCUGAGCAAAAUGGCGGGGCGCAGUGAACUAGAUGAGAGAACUUGGCAUAUCCCCUUCGAGCCGAUCCUUGACUUCAGUUUGUUUUGCAAUAGUACAGAUUUGACCGGAAUCACGAUUGGGGUUCCCCGGAAUUGCUUUGAUAGCAAUACCGCCCCGGCACCAAUCAUGGCUUCGUUUGAGUCUGCGUUGACAGUUCUGAGAUCCGUUGGUGCAAAAGUGGUUGACAAUGCGAAUUUUACUGCAGUCGAAGAUUUUAAGAAGUUGAAUCAGUAGGUUAAAGGAGUUGUACGAUCGUUUGAAUUAAAGAGGGAUAUUAUUGCUUAUCUGCAAACGCUAGAAACU